ACUACAAGUCCCGGGAUGCAUUGCCAGCGCGGCGCAAGCGCAGUGUCGUUAACGGCUUCGUUUAAACCCGCCAAUGAGCAGCGAGGAUCGGAUUUGAAACUGUGGAAGGAGCAAAGUUGGAGCCGGUGCGGUAGUUUUCACCAGCUGCAGAGAUCAGAAAGAAAAGGAAUGGAUUUGUCGAAUGAUUUCAAUCUUUUGUCUGAGGAGAAUUCUGACUUUGACAUUCUGUUAUCUCCUACAAGUGGAAAAAGUGAUGAGGAAGAUGAAGUUUUCCUUGAAUCAAUUGGACAUACGGAAAAAUGCGUUGCCGUUGGCAUUGAUUUAAACUGCAAAGAAGAAAAAAGUUUAGAGUUGCCAGAAACAUUGAACUGGAGUCCUCCAAACAUGGGCAAGUUUGUUGAUGUUUUUAGAGAAGCCAACUUGUUAGCACAACAUUAUGAAAACCAAGUAGAGCAUAAAUCUAAGGAAAUGGGCGCUAAAAUCAUGCACAAUAAAUCGGUGGAACAAUUUAUAGAGGAAUCCAGAUUACAUCUGUCCCUUCUAAAGGGUUUUACCAGCUCGGAUUCUCCAAGGAAAAUUACCUCUGUAAUUCGAAAUACUCCACUGAAGUUGCAUCAACCUGGAAUUUGGAACAAGUCUGGAGACAAUUCCCAAGCUUGUCUUGUUAUUCCAUUAAAGUCACCUAAGAAAGCUGCUGUUCAGGCAACCAACCAUUCUAUACAACCCACACAAAGCUCUGGAGAUUCAUCCUCUUUGAACGAUGACGAAAUUGGUGCGUGUACUGAGACCACAAAUUUCAAGGAAGUUUUAAGAGAUCAACCACCAAUAUGUGAACCAACAAAAUCCAUGCCAUCGGAAAAUCUCUGCCCACCUAAACAAUCUGGGUCUAAGACUUCAAAUUCCAUGAGGAACAAUGGUGGUAGUUUAACAGGAAGGGCUCUCAAUCGCGUUUCAUCAUCUACGUCCAGUCUUCAUUCUAGUCUUCGUACAUCCCCGUCCGUUCGACGGUCAUUGUCUCUGAACAAGCCAUUGAACGUUUCCAGAUUGCAAGCCCCAAAAAAUGGCAGCAGAAUUGCUGCACCAAAAAGCAAACUGUCAAAUUCUACAUGUGCACAUAAUGCUCCUAGCACAAAAUUACUAAAACCAACUAACAUUUGUAAACUUUCCACUGCUGGAAAAGUGAAUCGGCAAGGAUCGGGGACGCAGGCUCAAUCAAAUAAAGGCUUGCAGAGAAUUAGCAUGACAACUAGUAAGAAGAUUGAUGCACCUGUCAAAUUGAGCAAAUCUGAAAAUGUACUUUCACAAGAUCUAAGCUCAAAGGCAAAGCCAUCUUUACAAACUGCACAGAAGUCCAGUGUAUCUUCACCUGGAUCUAUAAGACCAAAAAUAACUCAACCAAAGAAGCCAUUGGUGUGCAGUGUACUUGAAAGCAAUAUAGGGGCUAGUACUCCAAACAAACCUCUUGCUGGAGGAAUGCUGCGAACACCUAACGUUACAAACAGAAGGGUUUCAAUGACACCUAAUGCAAGACCGUUAUCUGGUUUGCCCACACCAUUAAAUCGGCGGUUGUCAAGUAUUCCAGCAUUCACUCCACGAACACAACCAAUGCCUGGAUCGUUAUCUCGGCAAUCCACAUCUAAUCAGAAUCGUAGUAUGCCAGCCAGUGGUGCUGUUCUGGCAAGUAAUAACCGAAAACCAUUGGAGAAGGCACAGGUUCUCUGUUCACCCAAUUCCUCUGGAGAUGAGAUGCCUACUCCUCUGGUUCCUUGCUUUCUGGAUUUCUCUCCUGAUAAAACGCAGACCACAUGCCAAGAGAAAGCCAAAAAGAAUGCAUUUGAAGUUCAAAUCAAAGAGAAUUUUCUGGUUGAAGUUGAUACAAAAAUUAGGAAAAUUGAUGAUCGUCCACUUAUUGAUCUCUCCAACACUCCUGAUCACAAAAGAAUUGCACCACUUAAGGCUCUCGAAUCCCUUAUAGAUUUCAGCUCUCCACUGAUUUUAUUGAGCCCUGCUGACAAAGAAAACAUGGAUGUCAACUCUCCUUUGGUCAGGUUUUGAAAGUAAUGCAGUUAUUUAUGGUUACAAUACAUCAAUGGAAUUGCUUCCGUCUCAUUCUUUAUAAUGUUUUGCUUUCUGUGAGUUUUUAGCAUUUUAGCAUGAGCUGAUAAUUUCCUUGUUUCUUUAGAUGGGCUAAAAUUAAUGUUGUCUUGUUUAUAAUUGAUGUAAAUGUAUUUUUUAAAUUCAAAAAUUUUAAUGGUUAGAAUUAAUUAUUAUUUAAUUUAAACCCAACCAUGGCAUGUUUAUCCUCUGGAAAUGUAUCUGAUCUUCCAAAGAAAUGUUUUAAGUCUGAAUAAAAGUCUAAUUCAAUAUAAA